AGGUCCGACCCCCGUUCUUCUCAAACUCCGUUAGGUCCAUCAGUCCAAACCUUCCCUUCCGCGCCAACCGAGCCAUGGCCUCCAAGUUGACUUUGGGCCUCUCCGCCGCGGCUCUGGGCACCGUAGCCUUCGUGGCCCCGAGUGCGAAGACCGAGAGCGGCACACAGGCGGGUCAGCGCUUCCUCGCCGCCGGCACCGCGCCCGCCUCUGCGUCAGCUGGCUCCGCGGCCCAGGGCCUCAGCGGCGCGCUGGCGGUGGGGGGCCUCAGCGUGGCGGCGCUGCGCGCUGGCGCCGCGGCGCGGCGCCGCAAGGGCGUCCAGCCUCGGGCUGGGGCGGUGGUGGCAUGCAGAUCCCUGGCCAAGCUGAAGAUCGAUGAGGUGGACGUCAAGGGCAAGCGCGUCUUCAUCCGUGUGGACUUCAACGUGCCCCAGGACAAGAAGGACCCCAACAUCAUCACGAACACCGCGCGCAUCGACGCGGCCCUGCCAACCAUCAAGUAUGCCCUGGACAACGGCGCCCAGAGCGUGGUGCUGUGCUCCCACCUGGGCCGCCCGGACGGGCAGUUCAACGACAAGUUCUCCAUGAAGCCAGUGGCCAAGGUCGUGGAGGAGAAGCUGGGCACCAAGGUGCAGCUCAUGAAGGACGUGAUCGGCUCAGAGGUGGAGGAGGCGUGCGCGGAUCCCAAGAAGGGCUCCGUGAUCCUGCUGGAGAACUCCCGGUUCUACGUGGAGGAGACCGGCAAGGGCAAGGACGCGGAUGGCAACAAGGUCAAGGCAUCUGAUGAGGAGGUGAAGGCCUUCCGCGCGGGUCUGGCCAAGCUGGCGGACAUCUACUGCUCCGACGCCUUUGGCACCGCGCACCGCGCCCACAGCUCCAUGGUGGGGGAGGGCUUUGACAUCAAGUGCUCCGGCUUCCUCUUGGCCAAGGAGCUGGACUACUUCGCCAAGGUGGUGGAUGCCCCGCAGCGCCCGGUCUGCGGCAUCCUGGGCGGAGCCAAGGUGGCGGACAAGAUCCAGCUGAUUAUGAACCUGCUGGACAAGGUGGACAUCAUGAUCAUCGGCGGCGGCAUGGCCUUCACCUUCAUCAAGGAGGCGGGGGUGGACAUCGGCGACUCCCUCUACGACGCGGAGGGCGCCAAGCUGGUGCCCGAGAUCAAGAAGAAGGCGGAGGAGAAGGGCGUGGAGCUCAUCCUGCCGGUGGAUUUCAUCUGCUCUUCGAAGUUCGGCGAGGAUGGGGAGAUCAAGGAGGGUGACAUGAGCACCGGCGUGCCGGACGGCUUCCUGGGCCUGGACAUUGGCCCCAAGUCCAUCGAGAUGAACGACGAGGCCAUCAAGAAGUCCAAGACCAUCGUGUGGAACGGCCCCAUGGGCGUCUUCGAGAUGGCUUCCUUCGAGAAGGGAACCAAGCAGAUGAUGGAGACCAUCGUGGAGGUGACCAAGGAGGGCGCUGUCUCGGUGAUCGGGGGUGGCGACACUGCCACGGCCUGCAAGAAGUACGACACCGUGGACAAGGUGUCCCACUGCUCCACUGGCGGCGGUGCCUCUUUGGAGCUUCUGGAGGGCAAGGUGCUGCCUGGCGUGGCCGCUCUGGACGAUGCCUGAGCCAGCGGUGCUGGACCGUUUUUUUUUUUACUCGACCCCCACCGGUUGGAAGAAGUUCAUGGUCAGAAAAAGGGUAGCCCCAAAUUGGAAGCCUGGGAAAUGGAAAGGA